CGCGGCUCCGUCUCCGUCUCACUGAUCUCCGAACAUCUGACACGAGUGGGAUCUCGCAGCUUUCGCCCUCUGACAGGAUCGGUAAUAGCGGGUGAUAAAUCGCUCCAAACUUUUCUCUCUCUCUCUCUCUCUCUCUCUCUCUCUCUCUCUCUCUCUCUCUCUUUUUCUUUCUUUCUUUUUUUUUUUUUGGAGGACUCUGCUGGCAGCGCGCGGCUGUGCGCAUGUGCAAAGGUGUCCAAACUGACAAUGCUGGAGAGAUAGCGCGUUUGGAUUGAGAAUCAAGAGAAGAAGAAGAAGUAGAAGAAGUAGAAGAAGAAAAAAAAAGGCAGAAGGGAGGAAAAAAAGACUCGAGAGAGAAUCCGACGCGAGCUACGCGGUGAAGACGUCAAAGCAGCAUGAGGUCCAAAAGCAGGGCGAGGAAGCUGACCACCGGUGAUGAAGGUGACUUCCCACUUUUCCCCUCUGAUGUCCUGGAGGAAGCCGGGAUUGCGUCCAACGGAGACCCCGUCCCAUUAAUCACCUCUAACAGCAUCCACUCAUCGAGUGUAUUAUGUGAAAGAAGCUCCCCAGCCGACUCUUCUUGCUUCAACACCUCCUUCCACGCACCCGUGUACCUGGACGAUGAGGAGGCAGCGGCGUCUCUGCACCCAGACUUCGAGCUGCGUGAUUCGAGCGUUUCAGCUGGCAGCUUGGGCGUCUGGAGCAAGAGGAGGCUGGAGGUCGGAGAGGACUUCGGGCCCUUUGAGGGAAGUCAUCGUCGACAGGGCUGGGAGAAGGCUGGACUCAAUGGCCGUGUGUGUGAUAGCACAAGCUGGCUAAGACACGUCCAGAUUUCGCCGUCUCCCCACCAGUACAACCUCACAGCUCUUCCGAUACAUGACCAGAUAUUUUACCGUGUGGUGCGCAAAGUUUCUCCGGGUGAAGAACUCGUACUGUUCAUGAAGGCUGAAGAGUUUUCAUUUGAGGCCAUGGCUCCAGAUAUACACGAGGAGCGUCAGUUCCGCUGUGAGGACUGCGAGCAGCUUUUCUCGUCCGGCUCAGAGCUGCUGGAGCAUCAGAACCACUCGUGUUCCAACCGGCCCUCGUCCGGCUUCACGCUGCCCGAGCAGGCCAUCCCGAGCGCCACCGACGAGUGUAAAGAAUGCGAGAGAGUGUUUCCGGAUGGUCAGAGUCUGGAGGCACACUCUCUCUCCCACUCAGAUGAGAGGGAGUACAAAUGUGACCAGUGCCCGAAGGCCUUCAACUGGAAGUCCAACCUGAUUCGCCACCAGAUGUCACAUGACAGCGGCAAGCACUACGAAUGUGAAAACUGCUCCAAGCAGGUGUUUACAGACCCAAGCAACUUGCAGAGGCACAUCCGCUCGCAGCACGUCGGUGCACGGGCGCACGCCUGCCCCGACUGCGGCAAAACCUUCGCCACGUCGUCCGGCCUCAAGCAGCACAAACACAUCCACUCGUCCGUCAAGCCCUUCAUGUGUAAGUCUCUCACCCCCUUCAUAUGCGAGGUGUGCCACAAGUCCUACACCCAGUUCUCAAACCUGUGUAGGCACAAGCGCAUGCAUGCUGACUGUCGGACUCAGAUCAAGUGCAAAGACUGUGGCCAGAUGUUUAGCACCACCUCUUCCCUCAACAAACACCGCCGCUUUUGCGAAGGCAAAAACCAUUUUGCUGCUGCCGCAGGAGGGCUUUUUGGCCCUGGCAUGGCUCUUCCUGGCACUCCCGGAAUGGACAAGUCUGCUCUAGGAAUGGGGCCAGGAUCCGCUGGUUUGGCAGAUUAUUUUGGUCCAAAUAGGCACCAUGGCGGACUAACGUUUCCAGCAGCUCCUGCAGCAUUCCCUUUCAGUUUUCCAGGACUCUUCCCAUCUGGACUGUACCACCGACCACCCCUCAUCCCUGCCACAACUCCCAUAAAAAGCCCACCAGCCUUGGAAUUCCAGAAGAGUCCACCAUUAUCCUCGCCUGUGCCUGGGAUGCAAGAGUCCCAGGACCUCCUGAUGAGCCUCCGAAAGCACUCGAUCAACGGGGAAGGAACAGAAAAUGGGCCAGAGCAUCUGAUAGAAGGCUCCGCCACUAAGGCAAGACAGGGCAUUAAGACAAGUGACAAUUCAGAGAGCAGUGACUUGGAUGACGUUAGCACUCCAAGUGGAAGUGAGCUAGAGAGUACUUCCGGGUCAGAACUGGACAGCGAUGCUGAGAGUGACCGGGAUCGAGAAAGGAAUCGGGAAAAUGGGAAAGGACCAAAGAGGAGAUCCAGUAGUCCUACCAUGGGGCAAAGCCCCGCCCACGGCAGCUCCAGCAAUGGCAGUGUUGGUAACAUAAACGGAACUGAUGUGCCUCCACAACGACUUUUUUCUCCCAUUUCGGAUGAGCGCACCGCUGUUUCUGGAGCUGUCAAUGAUUCCAUCAAGGCCAUUGCGUCCAUUGCAGAGAAAUACUUUGGCUCCACAGGAUUGGCAGGUCUGCACAAUAAAAAAGGGGACCCACUGGGAUACCCUGCCAUGUUUCCCCUCCCCUUCUUCCCUGCUUUCUCUCCACCAGUCUACCCCUUCCAUGAGAGGGAGCAUCUUCGACCUCGAGGCCACAAAGCAGAGCCAGAGAGCCCAUCGCAAGAAAGCAAGAAGCCACAAGGCAGCACUGCUGAAUCUCCCUUCGACCUCACCACAAAGCGCAAAGAGGAGUGCCUAGCGCAGACCUUUGCCACCUCGAAGCUGGAGGUACCCCGUAUACUCUCUGCCAAUCAGGACCAACCACUGGACCUGAGUUUGGGUGGGCGGGGCCGGAGCACACGCCUUAGAUCAGGGGAGUCACAGAAGAACCACAUGAUUGGUGAAGACAGAAAUGAGACAGAGCCUCCAAAAGCAGACUCCACCAUCCAGCAUGCAAGACCCACCCCAUUCUUUAUGGAUCCAAUUUACAGGGUUGAGAAGAGAAAAGCGACGGAUCCGUUCGAGGCGCUGAAAGAAAAGUAUAUGCGUCCCACACCGGGCUUCCUCUUCCACCCACAGCUCCGCAUGCCUGAUCAGAGGACCUGGAUGUCAGCGAUAGAAAACAUGGCGGAGAAGUUGGAAGCGUUCGGCCCGUUGAAGUCCGACGCCGGCGACAUCAUGCGCUCGGUUCCCUCCGUGUUCGAUUUCCGAGCUCCGGCCACGACGCUGCCCGAAACACUGCUGCGUAAGGGGAAGGAACGCUACACAUGCAGAUACUGCGGCAAAAUAUUCCCACGCUCAGCUAACCUCACACGCCAUCUCCGAACACACACAGGGGAGCAACCGUACAGGUGUAAGUAUUGCGAUCGUUCGUUCAGUAUCUCGUCAAAUCUGCAGCGUCACAUCAGGAACAUCCACAACAAAGAGAAACCGUUCAAAUGCCACCUGUGUGACCGCUGCUUUGGCCAACAGACCAACCUGGACCGGCACCUCAAAAAACACGAGAACGGUAAUCUGUCAGGCACGGCAAUGUCCUCACCACAGUCAGAGCUGGACAGCAGCAGUGCCAUCCUGGAUGAUAAAGAGGACUCGUACUUCAACGAGAUUCGCAAUUUCAUCAGCAGCAGUGGCCAGAGCGCUGGCUCACCUCCACACUCCGAUGAAGGUUUAAACAGCGGCCAUUUCGAGGACGACAAAGCCGUCACCGAUCCACGGUCACAUGACCUGGAUGAGGAGGAAGGGGAGGAGCCUGGAGUGGAGGAGGAAGAGGAAGCAGAGCUCUGCGACGCCGACAAACCUGCCAACAAAGCAGCGUCUAGCAACCUAGGUGACGACAUCGCCAACGACAUCAACGACGAGCUGGACUACGACGGCGCCCCCGAUGCACUCCUGGACUGCAAAUCUUCUCCACAGAGGUUUGACGAGGAUGACGAGGACGACGAGCACGGCCGAUUCCCAGCGCUCGAUCACAUCCGUCACUUCGCCACGGACGACGCGGAGCUCAGUGACGGCGAUGUCACAGGAUUUGACUCCGCCCACCUGAGCGAGGCUGUGAAGCCGCAACUGUACAGGAAGUCCAAGUCACAGGCUUACGCCAUGAUGUUGUCUCUGGCAGAUAAAGACCCUCUGCCCCCUCCCUCUCACGCCGCCUCGGUGUGGCACACACUCGGACGCACGGCCGAGUCCAACGCCAUCCAGUCCCUCAGUCACGUAUGAUGUCCUAAACGUCCGACCUCCGUGACCUCUCACCCCAACCACAGGCACUCGGACCACAAACUCGGACUCGAUCAUGCACAGCCCCGUACACUGCUGAGUAGAGCGCUUUGUUCUUCUGAAAACACUAAUGUCAGGGUCCUUGGAGUGUACACACACACACACACACACACACGGUAUCCAACAACACUACUCAUUACAUAAUCUGAUUAAUUACACAUUAGAUUGAUUUUUAUUCCAGUCGAUGAUUUUUUUUAACGAUGGUGAUUUACAAUAUAACACAAAUAUCUCUCAAUCCUGAUGAUGAUGAAGAUGAAGUUAUGCAUAUAGUAGUAAUAAACGUUGUAUUUAUUCUGUCCGGUUUCUAUGUUUUGCACAGCAACGGCAGCUCAUCAACAGCGGAAAAGAAUCACUAAAGUGAAACACUAGGAUAUUACGAUCAAGCGAUUUAUUUUAUUUUCCCAUUGAGUCGCUUAAGGGACCGUUCGAGAGUCUUCCAUAUUAAAAAAUAAAGAAUUUACAUUUCACACACACACACACACACACACACACACACACACACACACACACCGUUACUGAUGACAUUCCCUUUAAAGCAGAAUAAUCUACAACGACCUUUUUAAAAGGGCAGGUUACAACAUGGCGUGUAAAUUAAUUGUAAUAUGUGUGUGUGUAUAUAUAUAUAUAUAAAUUGGAAUCAUAACAGAUCACAUGGAGGCACUCUUACAAAAUUAAAUAAAUAAAAAAUACACAAAAAAAUAAAAACGAUAUAAAAAGGACAGUGGGUGUGGGAACUGUUCUCCGAUUCUGUCAAUAAAAGCACUGCAUAUUUAACCUGGACUCCGCCCACUCUCUCUGCGCUGUCCAAUGACAGCUGAGACGUGUUUUCUUUUCUUUUCUUUUUUUCUUUAAAAAAAAAUGUUUGUUUUUCUUUGGAGAGAGGUUGUAAAAAUGAAUCAUUUUGUUUGUUUUUUCUAAACAGAGAAAAGCUGUAAAAUUACUGAAGUUUGUAGAAGGAGCUUCUACCGUAGUGUUGUUCUUUAACUGACCGACGUUACCACUACGCAACCUGCGUGCUAGUAGCUAGCUGUUCCAUUCUCGUGUUUCAUUUCUAGACAAUCAUGAGUUCAUUGUUUGUUUGUUUUUGGGGUUUUUUUGUAUUUCUUCUGUUCUCGUAUGACGGUUAUCGCUGUGUAUGUCGAAAGGUGUAUUUAUUUCCGUAGUUCGUUUACUGAAUAGCACUGCUCUUGAGCUCCACCUUGUGGUGAAGCGGGAGAACACAAGUUAUGUCUGCGUGCCAGAUAGUAUUAAACCUUCAUCACGUCACGUCUUAUACUUCUAAUGAAACUGGUCUAUGAAAUAGUUAUUACUUAGGGUUGGUUUGUUUUGUUUUGGUUUUUUUUGGUUGUUUUUUUGUUUUUGUUUUUUUGGAUGACACAUUUAUUAAUUCAAGUGUAAAAUAUUAAAUAAAAAAAUAAGGAGAGCAUACAAAUCAAAGAUAUUUCUUCGUUUUAAAAUAAACGCAUGACUGGUGUGGCUUAGAAUUGUAACAUUUUUUUUCUACAGUUGUGUGCAAGCUUGUGUGACGUUUGGGUCCCUAUUGAGUCGUCGUGCCAAACUCUAUAAUUAAAAAAAAAAAAAAAAAAAAAAGACUUUAUUUGUUUGUCUUCACAUGUUGAAGGACCAGAUCUUUUUUGUUGUUGUUGUUGUUGGUUUGUUUGUUGUCAUUGUUUAUAAUUCCAUUUUUAAACGUAAUUGGCAAGUCGAGGUACUUUUGUUCUGAUGCUUUCUACAAUGUAACUGUAAUGCAUUUCAAUUGAGUAAUGUGGGAGGAGCAAACUAAGAAAUAAAGGACUCCAGUGUAGACGUGUGCUCUCUCUCUCUCUCUCUCUCUCUCUCUCUCUCUCUCUCUCUCUCUAUCUCAUUAGUAACUUAUCUUACCUUCUUUCUUUGCUUUCUGUUUCCUUUAUUCACCAUGUAAAAAUCUCAACUGCUGAUGCUUAAAUAUUGUAAACGUGAAAUCGCGACUGGUUCAGCGGAGAGGUGGAGUUACAGGUUACUCACGACUUGCACUAGGACAGAAUCACUAGUCAAACAAACUCGCGAAUCGAACACACGGUUGAGCAAAAUCGGGAAAUUGUACAAAAUUACAACGCAAUACAAAAUCACAAAUUGGACAAAUUCGCAUUCACACAAAUCCACAAUUGAUAUAAAAUCAUAAUUGAACAAAAUCACAUUCAUUAAAAAAAAACAUCACAAACUGUACAUUACCACACAUUCUGCAUGAGCUUAUUUGUUUGUUUGUUCUUGUUUAUCAAAAAUAAUGAUAUAAAGUUUUACUGCCAUUUUUGCGCUCUUGGACACGGAUGGCUAGGACCCUAACCGUAACCCUAACCCUAAACCUAACCCCUAAUCCCUAAACCUAACCCCUAACCCCUAAUCUCUAAACCUAAUCUCUAAAACUAACCCCUCAUCCUUAAACCUAACCCCAAUCCCUAAACCUAACCCUAAUCCCUAACUCCAACCACUAACUCCUAACCCUAAUCCCUAAUCCCUAACCCCAACCCUAAUCCUAACCCUAAUCCCUAACUCCAACCCCUAACUCCUAACCCUAAACCCUAACCCUACACCUAAACCUAACCCUAAUCCCUAACUCCUAAACCUAAACCCUAAACCUAAUCCUAGGACAUCAGGAUUCAAACUUUUUACCUCCACCUCAGAGUGAGCACAGUUCUCUCAGGA